AUGUUGAACAUAGUUGUGGACGGAACUAUUGAAGACUCCAUUUACGAGUAUGGAGUUGUUUUGGACACGCUGCUAAAAUCGAAGCCAAAGUACGAUGAACUAUUUCACAAUGUCACAGAAGCUGGUGAGGAGUUAUCUUCCAAAGUUACAGAAACUUUGGAUAGCUUCUACCUAUUGGAUGAUAGACAAUUUGAGCCCAUUUUCAACUUAGCAUUUCAUCUUCUGACCUCAUCGAACUCUGAUAUUGAGUCUGUUUUGGAAAAAACCCAAUUGGUUAACAAAAUUGUUCAAAUUGAAGAGAAAGUUCAACAAGAAGAUUCCAAGAGCCGCAAGCUUAUUGAACCCACAUCACUAGUCUCUGUUUUGACUACCGUAUUCAACUCGCUUCCAGAGAAUUCUGCUACAAGAUUGGACCUUUUAAAUGCUAUUGUCGGUCUUUUGGAAAGAAAUAAGCUUCAGUAUCUGAUUACUCCCACCUUACUGGACAUAUUCUAUGAAAGUGCAAAAGCUCUUGGAACAUCUGAAUCAAGCAGUGAAGUACUGUUUAACCUGUAUCGUGUUGGAAACAUCUCGGAUGUUUCCUUCGUCAAAAAAGUCAUUCUUAAUUUUUCAGUCGACGUCAAACACAUAAACGAGUUCUUAACUGACGCCCUAAAUAAUGAGAAGUUGUUAGACUUAUCUGAGUACAUCAAUAUAGAGAAGGUCUCGUCCGCUGAUUCUGCUCUUUUGGAUUUAUUGAAGAUUUAUACGUCGGUGGACUUGGAGGCCUUCAACAAGUUCGAUUUUACAACCGUUCCAAGUGUUAACAAAUCUGCAGUUUUGUCUAAACUUCACUCUUUGGUUAUUGCUCAACUAGCUUCUGCCAACUCUACGUUGAAAUUUGCUGAUAUUGCUUCUGCUUUGUCUGUAGAAAGAGAAGCUGUUCCAGACUUUGUCAUCAACACAAUCUACAUGGGAUCUAUACAGGCCAGGAUAGAUCAACCUAACGAACUUGUCUACAUCAAUAAGGUUAAUAUCUUGACAGCAUUUGAUUUGGCACAGUGGGAGGCUGUCCGAGCCUCCCUUCAGGCAUGGAAAGGUUGUUUGAAUGAAGUUAGAUCAAACAUAAACAGCAACAAAAAGAACAAGUUUAUUCAACAGCAAAGAGAUCAGAAAGAGAGAGAUAGAGAGGAGGAAUAA